UUUUUUAAAGACGGCCGGCGGCAGUUUCACGUAAAUCUUGUAACUUUGCAGGGUGUUUUUUGUAACGUUAGCUCCACUAGUGUCAAAAUCACGGUUCGAGAUCCUGCCUUUGUACUUACCAAUAGGCUUGUUAGAACACCCCCCCACUGGUACGUCCGUCGGAUAUUUUAGCAGUUGCUGUUUAAACUUACGUCCUCUAAGUGAUUCUAAGUUAUAAGUAUUAGCAGGAAAGCCUCAAAGUUAACCAGAGAAAAAUGACCCUAACGUCAAAGGCUCCAGCUUUCAAAUCCAAGUUCAUCUCUCCUGAACUGGCCCGACUGUUCAGCCAGUCAGACAGCGAGGAGGAGUUUGAGGGUUUCGAUGAGGAAGAAGAGGAGAGCGGAUUUGUUAAUGACAAACUUAAAGCCAAGGUGGUGAAUUCGGAGGAAAGUAGCGACAUAGACACAGGCUUCUACUCUGACGGAGAGGAGCCCCCCCCACCAAAGAGGAAGAGUCUUCUGGUUGCACUCAGGUUUCCAAUUAAAAGACUGUCCUCGCCCAACCGGCAGUCAAAGGAGAGCGAUGACAAAAGGCCGGGCAAAGGAAAUCCUCUGUCCCGGGCAGUUAGAGGAAAGCAGACACUAAAGCAGCAACUGGAAAAGAAAGAGGAGGGGAACGAAGAGGAGGCUGAAGAAGACAACAGGGAGGUUCUGUCCCACAGCCUAACCAAACGAGACAAGAACAUCCAGGAAAACAAAGCCAUGCUGGCGAAGCUGUUUGCUGACCUGAGCAGCAUGGCCGACCUCACUCUGCCCACCACCCCGUCGAAGAAGAAGAGGGCCUCGCAGAGGUCGACGCCACAGAAGCGCAAGCCGGUUUCAGAAGUGGGCUCUGAAAGGAGAAACCCGUCCCGUAAGGCCCGUCCUCCAGAGAACUUCGCCGUGGAGGAAAAGAGCGAGCCGGUGACCCGCCGGAGCCCCAGGACGGUGGACGUCCGGAGGCUGGUGGAGGUGGCCGAGGAGCAGGCCGGCGAGAGGCGGAGGAAGAGGAAGAGCCAGACGUCCAGGAGGAGCCAGUACGUGGUCAGAGCCGUCGAUGACAUCACCAAGGAGGACCUGGACAACAUCGCGUAUCGCAGCAAAGACAAAAUCUGGGACAAAGAGAACGGCAGCUCGUGCCACCAGUGCCGACAGAAGACUCUGGACACCAAGACCGUGUGUCGCAGUGGGGUCUGCGUGGGGGCCAAAGGCCAGUUCUGCGGGCCCUGCCUGAAGAACCGUUACGGGGAGGAUGUGCGCACAGUGCUGCUGGACCCGGUCAGUCCUGCCACCGGCCUGGGAGAGGAGAGAUGUGCUACGUGGUCGUGCCCCAUCUGCCGCGGGAUGUGUAACUGCAGCCUGUGCCGUAAGAAGGAGGGCCGCUGCGCCACCGGCAUCCUGGUGGGUUUGGCCCGCUACAACGGCCACGACAACGUCCACGAGUACCUGGAGAGCAUUCAGAAGGAGCUGCAGUGAAGUCCAGAGAACCAAGCAACUCGUAGCUUUAAGGGUUCUGGUUCUGCACAGACCUGUAGAAAGAUUUGAACGCAUAUCCUCACGUUAGAUCUCCCUUUUUAUAAAGAAAAAAAAAGCUGGAAAGACUUAUUUUUUAAGUCGCUUCAGCGGAAAGCACAUAUACUUUUUAUGUUUUUAUAUAUCCUGAUUUUAGGCUGCAUAAGAUGCACCGAUGUUUUGUUUUAGUUUUUUCGUUUUGGAAGCUAGUGCUUGGAUUUUGAAAUGUACGACUAGUACAUUUUUAUUUCUGUGUUUUUGUUUGAGGGCAAACAAAGCCUUUUUUUGUACUUUUCUAAGAUUUUGCACCCCUCAUGUCAAUCCACUGUACUUUUCUAAUAAAGAAUCCUAUUCU